CUCGCUUCGGAUGGGACCGCGCGACAGGACAGAUGAGAAACUGCUUCCAUCUGGAAACGCAGGGAGAGAAGGAGGGCUGACUCGACACAGUCACCGGCAGUAAGACACACACAUCCUACUUGCGUUGCAUCGCACUGGUCAUCAUCAUUCCGGCUGUUGGAGGAGCAGAGCGAACGUGCGCGCAGAACAGCUGCACCUGACUGAUCGUGGACAUACCUCAGUUUUAUUUCACCAGUCUUCAUUUAACAGUUGCCUUCGAUACUUACUUGAAGAAGGGAAAAGAAAAGAAAGAAAUCAACCGGGCUUUUACGUUUUGCUUCAAUUCUGGGAGAGGACUUUUCCAAGGAGGACCCUGCGUCUGGAGUGCUAAUACACAGACUGCUCUUGUUGGAUGUUGAUUGUUGGUCAAAGAGAAGAAGUGGCAGCGUUUAGCCGCUUUUGGGACCACCACUGGACAACCGGUGUCGUGUCUGAAAGUGUUCAAAGAAUCAGAGAGGGAUAAAUGAGAAGUAAGAAAAGAGAGGCGAAGUAUGACUUUGUGAUGCAUCGCAGCGUGGGAAGUCAAAUCCAGUGAGGUCUCCGCCUUUCCCCCUAAACCCCUUAAGAGACUACACCAUCCAGGGGACACUGUUUCAAGGAUUCUCUCUGGACCCUGAUACCCACAGGAGGGGUGUGAACAGGAAGGCCCAGAGGAAGUGGACAGUGUGGGCAGGAUGUGGGAGGGACUGAGACUGCAUGUGUUCUUCUUGUGUUUGGGGGCUGCACUAUGGAGCGCUGAAGCGACGUACAGGGGCUCAGGUCUACGGGAGCGCGGCCACCGCCACCAUCUCUCUUUGCACAGACACAGGGAGAGAGGCAAAGAAGGCCAGGUGCUUCACCGCUCCAAACGAGGAUGGGUCUGGAACCAGUUCUUUGUCAUUGAGGAGUACACAGGACCAGAUCCGGUCUUAGUAGGUCGGCUUCAUUCAGAUGUAGAUUCAGGAAUUGGAAACAUUAAAUACAUCCUUUCAGGGGAGGGGGCAGGCACUAUUUUUGUCAUUGAUGACAAAACGGGCAACAUUCACGCCACAAAGACUCUGGACAGAGAAGAACAGGCCCAGUACACACUGACCGCCCAGGCUGUAGAUCGAGACACCAACAAACCCCUAGAGCCUCCCUCAGAGUUCAUUGUCAAGGUGCAGGACAUCAACGACAAUCCUCCAGAGUUCCUUCACGGCCCUUACUAUGCGCGAGUGGCUGAGAUGUCCAAUGUUGGUACUUCAGUGAUAAAGGUCACAGCCACGGACGCAGAUGACCCCACGUAUGGCAACAGCGCCAGGCUGGUCUACAGCAUCCUGCAGGGCCAACCUUAUUUUUCUGUGGAGCCGCAGACAGGAAUCAUUCGAACAGCUCUUCCCAACAUGGACAGGGAGGCCAGGCAGGAAUACGAUGUCGUCAUCCAGGCCAAGGACAUGGGUGGACACAUGGGCGGUCUGUCAGGAACCACUCAGGUUAAAAUCACCCUGACUGAUGUCAAUGACAACCCUCCAAAGUUCGCUCAGGGUGUUUACGCCAUGGCGGUCUCAGAGGACAAGGUUCCCGGGGAGGAGGUGGGCCGACUGAAGGCCAGAGAUCUUGAUCUUGGGGAGAAUGGACUGGUUGAUUAUCGCAUCUUGGAGGGAGACGGCAUGAACCUUUUCGAGAUCACCAAGGACUCUGAGACCCAGGAGGCAGUCGUCAAACUAAAAAAGCCUGUGGACUUUGAGACAAAGCGAUCGUACACACUGAAGGUAGAAGCUUCCAACCCACAUAUGGACCCCCGUUUCAUCGCCUGGGGUCCAUACAAAGAUACUACCAUUGUGAAAAUAUCAGUAGAAGAUGCAGACGAGCCCCCGACCUUCAUGGCUCCCGUCUACGACUUUGAGGUGGAGGAGAACGCUCCAGCAGGCACUCCAGUCGGUCGUGUGCAUGCCAAAGACACCGACAUCAUGAACAACCCCAUCAGAUAUAUGAUCCCACGCUACACAGACUUGGAAGAGUUUUUCACCAUUAAUCCAGAGGACGGCAUUAUUAAGACCACAAGGCCCUUAGAUCGGGAAGCACAGGCUUGGCACAAUAUCUCUGUCAGUGCUACAGAGAUUGGCGGCCAUCACCAAGAUGCAAAAGUACGAGUCAAUAUCAAAGUCAAAGAUAUGAAUGACAAUGCUCCAGAAUUUGCCACUCAAAACGAAGUGCUUGUCUGUGAGAAUGUCAGCCCUGGAAAGCUCAUUGAGACAGUCAGUGCUACGGAUAAGGAUGAAAUGGCCCACCGCCAGCACUUCCACUUCAGCCUGGCCCCUGAGGUCGCUAACAACCACAGUUUCUCCCUCAAGGACAACAGAGACAGCACCGCCAGCAUCUUUGUGAUCCGGAAGGGCUUCAGCCGAUUGACCCAGGAUGUGUACCACCUUCCUAUUGAGAUUAAUGACAACGGCGUACCCUCGAUGAGCAGCACCAAUACUCUUAUAAUCCGUGUGUGCAGCUGCGACAGCAAAGACACCAUCCUCUCCUGCAAUGUGGAACCUUUCAUCCUGUCAGCAGGGCUGAGCACUGGAGCUCUGAUUGCCAUCUUGGCCUGUAUUGUUAUUCUACUAGCAAUCGUGGUGCUGUUUGUGGCCCUGCGGCGCCAGAAGAAGGAGCCUUUGAUCGUAUUUGAGGAGGAAGACAUUCGGGAGAACAUCAUCACCUAUGAUGAUGAGGGAGGUGGAGAGGAGGACACAGAAGCGUUUGACAUCGCCACCCUACAGAACCCAGAUGGUGCCAAUGGCUUCCUGCCCCGUAAGGACAUCAAGCCCGAGCUGCAGUAUCCUAUGCGCCCCGGCCUGAGGCCCAUCGGCAACAGCGUGGAUGUGGAUGAUUUUAUCAAAUCUCGGAUUUCUGACGCGGACAAUGACCCCACAGCGCCCCCGUAUGACUCCAUUCAGAUCUACGGUUAUGAAGGUAGAGGCUCUAUCGCCGGCUCUCUCAGUUCCUUAGAGUCGGUGACCACAGAUUCAGACCUGGACUACGAUUACCUCCAAAGCUGGGGGCCACGCUUCAAGAAACUUGCCGAUCUUUACGGCACCAAAGACUCCGCUGACGACAACUCUUAACGUUCGCUCAAAUACGUCCUUUUUCAUCUCCCUCCACCCGGCCCACCUCCACUAACUGUGUUUUGUGAAGUUUACUAUAAGUAUUCCAUGAGUUUGUCACUUUAUAGUAAACUUUAGCUUGUUUGUAAGUAUACGCACAGUAUACUAGAUGCUGGGAGCCUCACAAUGUGCUAUGCGGGAGCCAGAAGGGUGGAAAUAAAAAUGUUACAAAAACAAAACAAAAAAAAGAUAAAAGAGACACAGACACAUCUGUGGUGGACGUGUCUCUGUGGUGUGUAUGAAAUGAAGAAAUAUGUGACAAUUUUGUUUAAGACCUGAAGAACGUUCUGUUACAUUUUCGAUGUUUGUAGGUUCCUACAGGUUUGAGGUUAUGGAUGUGGAUCACAGAGAGACAUGGAUUUGUUGAUACUGUGAACGAGCUCACAAAGAAAUAAAAAAACAAAAACAGUUGCCUUAAGUAAUCUGGAGCGAACGUCAGCAAAUUAAGGGGCCGUUUACACGACACCAUUUUUAACUAAAAACGCAAAACUUUUUUUUGUGCGUUUGCCUGUUUAUUUACACGACAACUGCGUUUUGGGGGCCUGAAAACGCAAACUUUUGAAAACAGGCUUCAAAGUGCAAGUUUUUGAAAACGAUACCGCUAUGCGAAUUUGUGAAAAGUGACGUCCUGCGCAUGCGUAUUACAUGUUCAGUCUAUAGGCGCAUAGUUUUUCUUUACAAAGUGACCUCGCCACCUACUGGCCUGGUCGGCAUAGUACAGCAUUUUUAAUUGUUUUCGCGAAUCAGUGUGAACCUGGGAUCAUUUUGAUAACGUUGUCUUCUGUACACAGAAAAAAUGCAAAGGAAAAGCUUUUUCGGUUUUUAGUACAUCGAUGUCGUGUAAACGUACUCUUAGGCUUCUGUAGCUUCUGUAGCGCCUCCAUAUUGUCUUUGGAGACAUUGUCCAGACAGGUCCUUAUAUAUAUAUAUAUAUAUAUAUAUGUAUAUAUAUAUAUUUAAGGAAGCAGAUGGAUUCAGCAAAAAUAGACUGUGUUUUUCUGUCAUCUAGAAUAAAAAAAAAACCUUCAGCCCAGUUCCAUCUACGAACAAUCACAAAGAAAGACCUGUGAGCUCAAAAAUCGCCUUAACUAAUGGACACUCUUGCAACUUAGUGCAUUUUUUGUAACUUGAAAGCUAUAUCCUAAAGCAAGCUAAAGUCCUUAUAGCGUAUGUACAGUACAAUGUGCAAAAUAUGUCUCUUGAGGAUCAAUCUUACACCGAUCAGUUUAUGUAAAUCUUUCUCUUUUUUUCUAUUAUGAUGAUAUCAUUAUGACUAUAAUUUUUUUUUUAUGUUUUCUUCAUUUCUCAUUUUCUUUAAUGGCUUAUGUUAUUCUCCUUGGUGAGAAAAUAGCAGUCUGUCCUGUCGCAGUGAGAAAUGGCUAAUUUCUAUGUCGAUUUUAUGGUAACUAUUUGUACAAUUUUAAAAGUUCUUAUUUUAGUAUACAUACAAAUAUCAGUAUUUCAACAUGUAAGGAAAAUAUUACAGCAUCACACUUAUAUUUUAUGAACAUUGUACUGUUGCUUUAUUAUGUGCUUCAAUCUAAGAAGCAAAAACUUUGAAAUAAAUGCUCUUUUUAUAAAAAU